UGUUUUUAUUUCCUCCAAAACUGUAUUAAAUACUGCUGUCAGUAAAUGUGAUCAAAGAUUAAAACAGCAUUUUUAAGUGAGCUAUUCUUCAUUAAAAACGACAAAUCCGGAUUUUCAUUCCCCUUUCCGGUUUGUACUUUACACAAUCCAAGAUGGCGACCAUCACUAACUGAAUACACACGCUAUUUCAGCGGUGUCAAAUGCAAUCAUAUAAUUAUAAAUAUCUGAUCCAAGAUGAGUGGUAACUCUGGAAAGAGGGGUAAGAAGCGGCCGAAGUCCUACUACCUGAAAUGUUCCCAACAGAACAAGCGUAAGGUUAACAGACUAGAGGUGGACAUCCGUGGGUUCUUACUCACUUGUAACAGUCACGAGAAGGAUGCGGUCCGCGAGGCGUACAGCCUUCUCAACGAGUACGCUGACCAGAUCUACGGCCCAGAGGAGGUGUCAAAGGAGGAGACGGACACUGCAGAUGGUGGGCCUGAGGUGAGCAGUGAAGAAGACGAGGAGGAAGAAGACAUCGCAGCAGCCCUUCAGAAGGAGGUCAAGGCCAUAAAGACAACCAUCUCGUCUUCAAACAGACGCUUCCAGAGUGUACAAACUAAGGCCCACAACUGUCUAUUCAUCAAGACUUCACUGGAUGACCCUUGUCAUCUGGCCCAUACAAUCUUCACAGACCUGGCAAAAACUCGCAUACAGAAGUCACGAUACGCUCUACGAUUUCUUCCAAUCGCUGGUACGUGUAAGGCAUAUGAAAAAGACGUUAAAGAAUUGGCGGAGAAGCUUCUUGUCAAAGAGUUUCAAACGCCGUUUGGUGUGGGUUUGAAAUACUCGGUAGUUUUCAAAUCUAGAAACAACAGCAAUAAAAACCUUGCUAGGACAAGUGCUCAAACAAUCAUAGGACAGGUUAUAAAAACUCUCAAUCCGCUACACAGUGUUAAUUUCGACAAUCCGGACGUUGUGGUCAUUGUCGAGGUGAUAGGAAAUGUAUGUUGUUUGGGGACUGCACGUGACUUUAUCAAGUUCCGGAAAUACAACCUCGUCGAAGUGGUACGAUCACCAGUAGAAACUAAAGACAACAAAAAAGAUGCGGACGUUGAAAAAUCUUCAUUGAAACAAGAGGCAGCUAGCAGUACUUGUAAAGAUGUUCCCACCGAUGAAGAUGGCAAUGCUGUCGACAGCAACUGUAAAAAUGAUGUCACUGUUGACAGCUGUAACCUUACCGACAGCAACUGUAAAAAUGAUGUCACUGUUGACAGUUGUAACCUUACUGACAGCAACUGUAAAGAUGAUGUAACCGUUGACAGCUGUAACCUUACCGACAGCAACUGUAAAGAUGAUGUAACCGUUGACAGCUGUAAUCUUAUCGGCAGCAACUGUAAAGACGAAGAAAUCACCGAUGGUAGCUGCGAUCUUGGUGACAGCAGCGGUAAAGAUAAGACUGAAAAUGAAAGCAAUAUUGUUGCAGAAAAGAGUAAUGUGGAUGAUGCUGAAAAAGUCUAAAAAGAACGCAUGUGUUAUUCAAUAUAUCUUUUGGUGACCUAAAACCGAAAAUAAAAAAAUGAAUGAAA